AUGCUUUCUCUCGAUCUCGAGCUCGUUGCUCCCUCUACCCACCAUGUUAAUAGCCAUGAAAAGCGUUUCGUUUCUACUUUCGCAGGACAUGCUGUUCUGUCAGCAACAUCAUUUUUAAUCCUGGUCGACGUGACCGAGAUCCACAUUCGGCUUCUCCAAGUUUUGACGUCUACAACCGACAGCAAAGACAUUCGGAUUUCGAGUCCAUUAUUCAGCAGUCGAACAGACAAAGCACCCCAGCGAAAUUCAAGGAUUGAACGGACCCUUCGAGAGGUUUCUCUGCCGGUACUGUCCAAAGAAGGGGUUGAGAAUUGUCAAGGAGGAGUUGCCUCAAAGUCUUACUUCUAUUUGGACAUUCCAACGAAUAUACCCGCAACAACAAAUACACCUAUUGGAACCAUCACCUACGAAAUAGAAGCUACAGCACCGACAUCGAAGCAUGGGAUGAUCACUCAUCGUCGACCCUUGAAUAUCAACCACCAGAUGGGUCUGACCGAUCUAAAUCAGACCCAGCAUCGCCUAAACUUCCCAACCUCGAACGCCAUACAAGGAAUGACCCUCUCACAAAACUCAACACCGAGGUCUGGACGCAGGAUCUCAUUCACAGCGACAAUCCAUACCCAUUGGGAGACAGCCCCGGCGGCUCGACUAACAGAGCUCCGCCAUCUUGUGGUGCGAGAGCUGACGUGGCAUGCUGAGGAGGUGGUUGAGAUCAUAAGCAUUGGCAGCCCCGGUGUGAAAUAUCCUAUCUGCGAGCGACGGUCGGUACGCAAGCUGUGCGAUGGGAGUAUAAAGGGAUACUGGGGAUCUGCUCGCAAUCCAUACAUUACGGAGCCUCACGGGCCGAAGGUCGACACCAAGGCAGGAGAGAAACGGGGUAUUCGCAUUCCAUUUGACUUUAAAAUUCCAAAACGGGCAAUGGCUGUGGAUGACGUUGACCUGGCCGCAUAUGAGACUGGCACCGAGGGGUUCAGCCAAGCGUUAUAUUGUGGCUUCCCCGGGGAAGAUUGUUUAUAUUCGCCGGGAAGAGUGACCAAGGGAAUCACUGUUCACCAUCAGUUGAAGAUUGAACUUGUUAUGGGGGAAGAUGUCUUUCAUACAGGUACUGGCAAGCUUGUGGAACGGAAACGGUCGCGGACUAUUGUAUGUCCUGCAAUUCCGUUCAGUGUUUGA